UCUGCUCUUUCAACGAUCAAAAUGAGAUGAUACGAAAGGGAAGUAAUGGCAGAGAAUCUCUGGUAAUGGGUUAAUAUCCUAAUAGGUUAGGAACGUUUGGGAACGUCGAGAGGAAAGUAAAUAUCAAAUUAAGACGAGGUGAAUUUAGAUACUGCAUCCUCAGUUUUUUACGAGUGUAAAAAUGGCAACGUCGACAAAACAUCGCUCGGUUACCCCGUUUCUGGCUGCUAUUCGGAAAUUCCUCCGAGGAAAAGGUCAUACUAAUUCUCUUCGCUUUGCGGAUUUAAUUGCCGCCCGUGACCAACCACCACCAGAUGUUCCUGGAGGACCGUAUCAUAAAACCACUGAUAUAUAUUAUUUUACAAGAGAUGCAAGACGAGAAGUCAAACCACCGACUGUACUUGAGCUUAAAAGACAGAUCGAAUCCGGUGAUCAGGCAAAGAAAGUACCUAAACUAAUUGCCCCUGGAAAAAAGUGGGAUUGGGACUAACCAGCGUCAUGGAGCCUUGGUACGGAAAUUUAGGAAGCUGCUGCGAAUGAUAUUCAACAUAAAGACAGAAGCUUCUCGAUCAGUGGCCACUGGGGCGAACCUGCUGCGAAGCAACUUGAUUGUCUGUCCACGAAAACAGGGUA